AUGCAGGACUCCACGACGCUGGGCUCCAGCCAGUCCUCCGUCUCCACCCAGGAGCGGCACUCCGCCUCCGACCAAGCUCCACCCCCCGCACCCCAGGCCUCAAAGCCCUUAGCCAUGACCCUCCCUGCCAAGUCCAAGGCCCCCAGUUUCCGUCGCAUGCGCCGGGUCAUUGCCGAGGAUGCCGAGUGGACGCUGGUCAUCGUGCCUCUCCUCACGGAGCUCUGCAUCCAGCACAUCGUCAGGAACUUCCACAAUAAUCCGAUCCUGAAGCAGCUGCUCCCGGAGCACCAGCAGAAGGUCCUGAACCACCUGUCCCCUGACCUGCCGCUCGCUGUGACUGCUAACCUCAUCGACCAAGAGAGCUACUGGCAGCGCUGUUGCACACAGCGCUGGCCGGUGUGCCACGUGGCCAAGCACGGCGGCAGCUGGAAGCGCAUGUUCUUCGAGCGGUACCUGGAGAGCCUCCUGAAGCACUUCAUCCCAGGCACCACGGACCCGGCUGUGAUCCUCGACCUGCUGCCGCUCUGCCGCAACUACGUGCGCAGGAUCCAGGUGGAUCAGUUCCUGCCACCCGUGCGGCUCCCACUCCCGCCUCGCACUGGGGACCAGUCGGACUCGGGCAGCGAGGGAGAGACGGAGGAACCCGUCAUGGACCACUACCAGCUGGGGGAGCUGGUGGCUGGCCUGAGCCACCUGGAGGAGUUGGACUUGGUAUACGGGGUCAAGGACUGUGGCAUGAACUUUGAGUGGAAUCUCUUCCUCUUCACCUACCAUGACUGCCAAUCCUUGGCAGCCACCAUCAAGGCGUGCCACACCCUCAAGAUCUUCAGGCUGACCCGCAGCAAAGUGGACGACGACAAGGCACGCAUCCUAAUUCGGGGCCUGCUGGACCACCCAGUCCUCGAGGAGCUGGACCUGUCACACAACCUCAUUGGAGACCGCGGUGCACGUGGCGCCGCCAAGCUGCUGAUGCACAGCCGUCUGCGUGUGCUCAAUCUGGCCAACAAUCAGAUCCGCGGGCCUGGUGCCCAGUCGCUGGCUCACGCCCUGGCGCACAACACCAACCUCACUUCCCUCAACCUGCGCCUCAACUGCAUCGAGGAUGAGGGUGGCCAGGCCAUCGCCCACGCCCUGCAGACUAACAAGUGCCUCACCACGCUGCACCUCGGAAGCAACGAGCUCUCUGAGCCCACCGCCACACUCCUCUCCCAGGUGUUCACCAUCAACACCACGCUCACCAGCCUCAACCUGUCCUGCAACCACAUCGGGCAGGACGGUGGCAAGCAGCUCCUGGAAGGCAUCCUAGACAACAAGACGCUCCUGGAAUUCGACUUGCGCCUGUCAGAUAUAGCCCAGGAGAGCGAGUACCUCAUUGGCCAGGCCCUCUGUGCCAACCGAGAAGCUGCCCGCCAGCGGGCCCUGAAUCCCAGCCACUUCAUAUCGUCCCUCAUCGCCAGCAGCCUGGACAACUCCAUGGGAUAA